AUGUUGCUUGAAACAUGUGUUACUAUUUUCAAAAGAAGUCUAGUGAGAGGAAACUUCACUAGCUUUAUUCAGACUUGCAAACACUCACAAGAUUCUAAGGCAGGAAUUGAUGCAGCAUCUGAAAAAAGAGAGUCUAGGCGUAUGGCCGAAUUUCGUAAGAAACUGAGAGAAACCACUCCAAUUCAGGAUCUUGGUGAACAACCAUUAACACAUUCCCCACAAGAGGAAAAUGCUUUACCGGCAUGGCCUAAUGAUACUAAUCCCCAUACAGGAGAAGUAGGUGGACCUAGAGGUCCAGAACCAACUCGAUAUGGUGAUUGGGAAAGAAAAGGGAGAGUAUCAGAUUUUUAA